AUGAGCACCAUCACGCGCAUGUCCCCGUUGGAUCUGCUGGAUCUCAACCUGACGAAUCUGGACCCUCUCACUGAGAACUAUGACCUGGGCUUUUAUCUCAAUUAUCUCACCAAGUGGCCAUCAUUGUUUAGUACGGUGAAGGACCGCGACGCGGGCGUCGUUGGGUACAUCAUGGGCAAGGUGGAAGAACAACACCCUUCAAUGAAGCAUUCAGAGCACUACACGCCGUGGCACGGUCACAUCACCGUGUUGACUGUGGCGCCGGCCUGGCGUCGGCUCGGAUACGCGAGUCGAUUGACCGAGCAGCUUGAGCAGGGAUCUGAUAUCAAUAACGCCUGGUUUGUGGACUUGUAUGUUCGAGCGGGCAACAAAGUUGCGGUGGAUAUGUACAAGGGCAUGGGAUACUCGGUCUUCCGACGAGUCGUGAGCUACUACAGCGAUGAUCCAUCAGGGGUCUCCGAAACCGGGGAGGAUGCAUUUGAUAUGCGGAAACCCUGCAGUCGGGAUAAAAAAUUGGAACACGUGCGCGACAAGGGCGAGGAGUUCCUCGUGCAUCCCGAGGAUGUGUCAUAG